AUGGCUCCUCGCUCUCAACUCCAGAUUACUACCUCCUCUGUGAUCCGUUUGGUCAAGGAAGAAGCUUCCUACCACAAGGAGCUUGAGCAACAGACUGAGCGCGUGAAGAGACUAGAAGCCGAGACUGCUGGCGAUGAUGAGAACCGCGAGUACAUGUUGAAGCAAGAGGCCUUGUCCCUCGAAGAGACCAAGAAAGUCCUGCCUACCCUGAAGCAGCAGAUUCAACAGACUGUGGCGAACCUUGAUGCUCUGAUUAUCGAGGAGGGCAAGAAGGGAUCUGACAGCAAUGUCGCGGACAUCACAGCGGCCAAAGAGGCCAUUGCCCAAGCCAAGACCGCAGAGCGCGAGAUUUCCUAA